CAUCAUCUCAGACCAGGGUUCAGGGGCCUUGGGUGGAGGGAAUCCAUUGGUGGAUGCUGGCUCCCACAGUCUCCCCAGCCAAAUCUGGCUUGCAAAAGAAAGGCCAGAACAGAGAAGGGAAGCCAGCAGAACCAUGUCUGUGAGCAGGGGAACCUUGGGAGCAUCCCUGACCCAGGAGAUCCUCAGCUCCCUGGGCCUUGCCAACAAGACUGCAGCCUGGGGGACCCUGGGCACCCUCAGGACUUUCUUGAGCUUCAGUGUGGACAAAGAUGUACAGAAGCUGCUGAAGGCCAUUACAGGCCAAGGUGUGACCCACAGCGCCAUUGUGGAUGUACUGACCAAUCGGAGCAGAGAGCAAAGACAGCUCAUUUCUCGAGCCUUCCAAGAGCGAACCAAACAGGAUCUACUGAAGUCCUUACAGGCAGCACUCUCUGGCAACCUGGAGAAAAUUGUGGUGGCUCUCCUACAGCCUGCAGCCCAAUUCGAUGCCCAGGAAUUGAGGACAGCCUUGAAGGCCUCAGGUUCUGCUGAGGACGUGGCCUUGGAAAUCCUUGCCACCCGAGCAGCGCCCAGACUGCAGGAGUGCCUGGCAGUAUAUAAGCAUGAUUUCCAGGUGGAGGCUGAGGAAGAUAUCAGGACUGAGACCAAUGGCAUCUUGCAGGACCUGCUUCUCACCUUAAGCAAGGGGGGCCGUGAGAGAUAUUCUGGAGUCAUUGACUACAACUUGGAAGAGCAAGAUGUGCAGGCACUCCAGCAGACCAGAGGAUCCAGUAUGGCAGGUCAAUGGGUCCGGAUCUUUACACAACGAAGUCCUGAACACCUCAUCCGAGUAUUUGAUCAGUAUCGGAGAUGCACUGGGCAAGAAUUAGAGGAUGCUGUCCAGAACCGUUUCCAUGGAGAUGCUCAGCAGGCUCUGCUCAGCCUAGUGUCCAUAAUGAGAAACACAGCACUAUACUUUGCUGACAAACUUCACCAAGCCCUUCAGGAAACUGAGCCCAAUUUCCAAGUGCUGAUGCGGAUCCUUAUCUCCCGAAGCGAGACCGAUCUUCUGAGCAUUCGGGCUGAGUUCAAGAAGAAAUUUGGGAAAUCUUUGUAUUCUUCCCUGCAGGAUGCAGUGAGAGGGGAUUGUCACUCAGCCCUACUGGCCCUGUGCAGAGCUGAAGACAUUUAAGACCUUCCAGCCACACCCUGACAUGAUAUCCAAGAAUCUGAGAUUCCCAUAUUUGGUUGAACACAUGGGAGACUCCCAAAGGAACAGCAUAUAUCCUAACUUCUU